AUUCCUGCCACCUCAGUUUGGAUCCCAACACAGCAUUUGAAAAUGUAAUGCUUUCAGAAGGAAACAGCAAGGUAACCUGGAUUAAAAAAGCGCAGCGGCACUCACCCCACCCAGAGAGAUUUACCAAAUAUGAUCAGCUGGAGAAAGAAUGACGUUUUCAGUUUCCUCUGUACUGACCUGUCUGAACAGUAAACAUGAGUGCCUUCCCACUGAGAACAAGCUGCCAACAAGCCACUCCUCUUUCAGCGAAACUGAAACUAACUCCGUCAGUGUGAGAGGAAGAAAAUGGCUUACAAUCAAGAACUGUUUGACUGCUCCAUAUGUUUACAGUUACUGGACGAUCCAGUGACGACUGCAUGUGGACACAGUUACUGUUUAACAUGCAUCAAUAUCUUUUGGGAUAAAAACAAUAAUGGGGGAAGGAAUUUCAGCUGUCCCCAGUGCAGAGAAACUUUCUGCCCGAGGCCUGAUCUGAAGAGGAACACGCUUCUGGCUGGCCUGUUGGAAGAACACAGGAGGAGGACGAGCCAAAGUACUGCUGCUGCUGCUGCUGCUGAUGAUGAUGAUGAUGAUGACACCUAUGCUGCACCUGGGGAUGUGCAGUGUGACGCCUGUACAGGGAGAAAACGAAAGGCUUCCAAGUUCUGUUGCGUGUGUUUGGCCUCUUACUGUGAGACACAUCUGCAGCCUCAUUUUGAGGUUCCCCCGCUGAAAAGACACAGGCUGAUUCCAGCCUCAGCCAGGAUCAAAGAGAGCAUCUGUGGCCGCCAUGACAAACUUCUGGAGAUUUACUGUCGCACUGAUCGGCAGUUCAUAUGUCUGAUGUGUGCGAUGGAUGGACACAAAGGCCAUGACACUGUGGCAGUUGCAGCAGAAAAGUGUGAGAUGGAGAAAAAACUGGAGAGGACUAAAAAGGAAAUUGAACAAAGAGUGCUAAAUUCAGAGAUGAAAAUGGAAGAACUGAGGGGCACUGCUGCCUAUAUCAGAGAAGCUGCAUGGGAGGCGUGUGACGACUUUGAGCGGCUGUGCGCUGAACACAUCCGUUCAUAUGUCCGUUCCAUGGAGAGGAAGUGCUCUGAGAUGCGGGAGAAAUUCGGAGAAGCAGAGAAAGCUGGAGUGGACUGGACCAACAGCCGCCUCGGGCAACUGCAGCGUGAAGUGUUUGCUCUGAGGAGGAGAGAAGACAAACUCAACCAGCUUUCACUGACAGAGGAUCCCAUUCAGUUCCUUCAGGGUUUCCAGGCCCUGGGUGACUUGCCUGCAUCCCAAUACUCACAUGAAAGACCUGAAACACUGACAGACUUUGCCUCUACACAGAAAGAUAAACUGAAAAACAUGUGCAACAAAGAAAAGAAGGAAUUAUCCACUCGUUCUGGAGACAGUGUGUUGUUAAAAAUACCCACACUGCAAGAGGGAAUAAAGUCAAGAAAAUACCUUUUGACCAAAUACAAAAGCUCCAAAGUGGAGGUGGAUCCCUACACAGUUGCAGCAUGUCUUUGCUUGUCUAAGAGUAACAGAGAGAUAUCGUGGGGUGAGAGGGACCAGGCUCACCCUGAUCACCCUGACAGAUUCACCUUCUAUCACCAGGCUCUGUGCAAACAGGGCCUUGAGGUUGACCACUACUGGGAGGUGGAGUGGGAUGGUGGCAUCGUUGAGGUGGCAGUGUCGUACAAGGGGAUUGAAAGAAAGGGUUCAGGGAGAGACUGCUGUUUUGGCCACAAUCGUGUGUCCUGGAAAUUAAUGUGCUCUCCCUCUGGCUGCACAUUCUGGCACAAUAAUCUGCACCGAGGACAAAUUCCUCCGGCUCGCUCCUGCAGAGUAGGUGUGCACCUCAAUUAUAAAGCAGGAUUGCUGGAUUUCUACAGCAUUUCUGAUACUGACAGGUUGACACUGCUGCACCAGACCCAGACCACCUUCACUGAACCAGUCUAUCCUGGGUUUUCUGUUGAUUUGGGUGCAACUCUGAAAAUAUGCAACAUCUGAGCCAGACCAGCGACAUACACUGGUUAGUGAGAAUAUUUUUGAUCAAGAAU